GCCUGCCUGGUAUGCUCGCUCUUUCAUCUGUCCUGAAGAGAUAGAUGACACUCUCCCUAGCGCUUCCCCUCUCCGAGCUCCAUAGGGCUUGUGUGUGGCACAGGAGAAGAGGCGGAGCGUCACGCUUGGACCGGUAAUGCCUGGCAGGCACCCCAGCUGCACUCUACACAGCCUCAGCAGACAGCAGCAGACACAGGAGGGAGAGACUGGGCACCCCAGAGGUCCUUCAGCACAGCAGGAGGCGGCAUUGGCUAUGGAUCCGACCUUGGGCAGGGAGGCUCAGGCUCUCCUAGAAGAUAUGCUAGAGAUCACUGCGCAGAGUCUGGUGCACAUGGAAGUGGCAGAGCACUAUCAGAUUGUCAAGGAGCUUGGCAAGGGGAAGUAUGGGCAGGUAGUACUGGUGACACACAGACAACGAGGGACCCCGAUGGCUCUCAAGCUGCUGCCUAAGGCCAGCACCAAGCUGCAGAAUUUCUUAUAUGAAUACUGUGUGGCGCUCUCACUCUCUGCACACCCUGCCAUCAUUGGCAUGUUUGGCAUUGCCAUAGAAUCCAGCCAGCACUAUGGCUUUCUCUAUGAGGCAGCCCUGCAUAGAGACCUCAUCUCCAUUAUCAAACCCAAGGCUGGCAUCCCUGAGGCAGCAGCCAAGCUCUGUGCCAAACAGCUGGUGAGUGCGCUGGAUUUCAUCCACAGUCGAGGCCUGGUGUACCGAGAUGUCAAGCCUGAGAAUAUCCUGCUUUUUGACCGCCAUUGCCACUGCAUCAAGCUGACAGAUUUCGGCCUGACGCGGCCCCAGGGCACCCUGCUGCGUCUUGUGGCGGGGGUCAUCCCCUACACUGCACCUGAGCUGAGCCGUGGCACUGGUGACACCCCGGGCCUGCCCAUCGAUGCCAGCCUGGAUGCCUGGGCCCUUGGGGUGUUGAUCUUCUGCUUGCUCACUGGAUACUUCCCUUGGGAGAAGACUUUACCUGAGGAUUCCUUCUUUGAUGACUUUGUGAUUUGGCAAGAGUCAGGCCUGGAUGAAGAUCUGCCAUUCCAUUGGCGCCCACUCUCACCUGAUGCUGUUGCCAUGCUACAAAGCCUGUUGGCUUUGGAGCCCACAAAGCGUGGUCCGAUCCGUCGGGUACUCAGCUACCUUGACCGGCCAUGGCGAGCUGAGGCAACGGCUAAAGCUCUGUAGUUAUAACAGUAGAACCGAAAUGAUUCUGAUGGAGUAGAAAAAGUGCUAAGCAACUUUUCCUAACUCAGAUUUGCUUGUGGGAAUUCAAAUUUAUAUCUUCUCAAUUUGAUAAUUUUAUAACAUUCCCCAGUACACAUACAGUUGCACAUUUAGGUUUUAGGGGUGAAAGGGUAUAAAAUUGUGCAUUCGGCAAAACUAAUGCUUAGCAUUAUUGGCUUAAAAUUUUUAUUAACAAGUCAUAAGGGUUUUUUUAAGUGUCCCUCAACACAAAAUUUUAAAAUGUAAUAUUCUAAGUUUCAAAAUUUUGAAAAUUUACAGAAUUUGAAUGUUUGCAAGAUGUUUCGGUUCUUGGAGAAAGGAGCAUGCUCUUCUAGGCCUGCCCCAGUUAUCCUAAAUUUUAUACUGGAGAUCCUCUGUUUACAAUUUAUAAUGGACUUGUAACAAUUUUUUUUUUUUUUUAAAGGCAGGGGGUGGGGGAAGAUACAAAAAUUACAAAAUUCUUCCUCUAGUUGUGAGGAGUCCUGGGUAGGAGAGGCCCACCUUCCAAGCAGUUACUCUAACUAAGGCCUAGCCCUCCCACAAGCCUGACUAUCACUGCAGGACUCUAUAGCAGAUAACCAAGUUAUAGGGCAGCAGCGUGAAAGUAUGCCUUAGCAAUUGUCAUUUGGCAUGUCUUUAUCUACAGAGUUGUUCCAAUUUUCCAUCAGCAGAUUUUUUAAAAGGAAAAAUAAUUUUGAACUGAUUUUCUUAAUGUUCUGGAAUUAUUUAAGAUGUCAUUUAAAAAAGGAAAUUUCAAAAUGUCCAAGUUAUGAGGGCUGACCUCUGAUUUCACACAGCAGUGUUUCCAAAAUAAAUUCUAAUGCUCAAAUGAUAAGAGUCACACAACAGAAUAAUAUUGCUAGUAUUGCCAGGUCUCAGGGUCUUACCUAAAGUUUCAGAGUUUUAACUGUUUUUCUCUGGGUAUCCAGUGGAAGGAGCAAUAUCUCUGGGUAAGGGGCCAGAAUCAAUGGGGAAGACUAUUUUUUUGCUUGGCUUGAGAUGUUUAGCUAUUUACUAUACACCUCAUCAGGCUGAACCUUACCCAAAUGCCAUCCUCUGCCUUCAUUAGGCACCACUAAAUUUGCUCCUGCGGAGGACUCUUGCUUAUCCCACCCACCAUGUUGCUAACACUUGUCAUGGACUUGACUAAACCAGCCCCUUGACUUCUACACUUAACUGCUGCCACCAAGUAGACUUUUCUUUUCUCAGGCUCUGUCUAUUGUAACAGCCAUUCAACCUUUGUAGUAAAACAAAAACUCAAUAGAGUGGAAAGGCUAUAGGUAUGGGGGGGGAGGAAAAUCAGAAAGAAGUUUCUAAUAUUUAAAUACAAUGAGAAUUUUUACUUUGGAAAAAAUUAGUCAAUUUAAAACAGUAUCUUUGGUUUUUUGGAAUAGCAUAACAUGAAAACACACACACACACACACACACCCAAAAACAAAAACAGUUACCAUAAGAGCAUAAGGCACAAAUAAAAUGGUUGGAAAAAUACAUCCAACUGACCUAUCUAAUACUGGUCCCUAACUCACUGCAUGCUUCUGACCCUGCACACUCCAGACCGACCAAAAACAACUCUUCAACUGAACUACUUUUUCAAUACUUUAAAGCUCUGCUGAAGGCAGAGUCCUCUUAUACUCUUCUUCCCACAACAAUUUUUAAAACUAACCAAUUAACUUGUUCCCUCCAUUUUUCAAACCAUGACCAAUAAAAUCAAGGCAAUGGCAACACAGAACUUAUGUACAAUAGAAGAAGUUUGCAGGAGCUGUGGACGUGUAACCCCCUGCACAGCCUUCUUAACAUUAAUACAUAAUUAAUAAUAAUAAUAAUAUUCAAAAUUUGUUAGCCGCCCUAUAAUAAAUUGUUCUUUGGGUGGCUUACAACACAACAUUAAAACAUAUGAAGCAAAGUAUUUACAAAAUGGAAUCUUAUGUACAAAAAGAAGAGGUUUAGGCCUUAUUCCUUCCCAGCUCCUCUUCUACCAAACACCAACCUUUCCCCAUGGACUAUCCCCUGAGUCUCAGAAUAUAAGCUUUUGGAAACUCGGCAGCCCGAGCUAUAUCCCAUCAACAUGUGCAGUGCAAUUCUAUGCAUGCUUACUCAGAAGCAUGUUUGGCUGUGUUUAUUUGGGGCUUAUUUCCAGAAAAUAUGCAUAGGAUUGUGGUCUUUUUAUGAAAAUGAGCCAGAGUUCAUAUUCAAUCUAGAACAUAACAUGUUUUUCUGUCUCAUCUAGAGAGUCCUGAAUAGGAAGAAUAGGGCGUAAAAGGGUUUAGAUACACAAACUGUUAGUCCUUUUAGGAUACUAACCUUAGCAUAAAUAAAUAAAUUGAAUAAAUAAAUAAAUAACGGAGGGGCCAUAGCUCAAUUGCAUAGGAACAUAAGAACAUAGGAAGCUGCUUUAUAAUUAGUAAGACCGUUGGUCCAUCUAGCUCAGUAUUGUCUACACAGACUGGCAGCGGCUUCUCCAAGGUCACAGGCAGGAAUCUCUCUCAGCCCUCUCUUGGAGAUGCCAGGGAGGGAACUUGGAACCUUCUGCUCUUCCCAGAGCGGCUUCAUCCCCUGAGGGGAAUAUCUUACAGUCCUCACACAUCAAGUCUCCCAUUCAUAUGCAACCAGGGCAGACCCUGCUUAGCUAAGGGGACGAGUCAUGAAGACCAUCUCUCCUCCCACUCAGGCUUUGCAUGUAUUGUAGAAUAUCCCAAAUUCAAUCCCUGGUAUCUCUAGGUAUGGCUGGGAAAGACCUUUCUGAAACUCUGGAGAGCCUCUGCCAGUCAGUAUAGGCAAUACUGAGCUAGAUGGACCAAUUGUCUGACUCAGUAUAAGGCAGCCAUCACAUAUUUGGGGGUUGUUGGGUUUUAUUGCACAAUCUUUUCCACUAAAUACCCUGAGUAAUUUCUGUUUGUGCAGCCUGCACCAAAUCCAAUCUUCUGUCUUGAUCAGUGCUAUAUAUAUUUCACACUCCAGUUAGGACCUCAUAAAAGAGGUACUAACUUUACCACCAUGUCCCUUGUUGCUAUGAAUGACCUUUUGGACAAACCCUUCACCAUUCCUUUCCUUCUCACUAUUUCCCCAUAUCUCAACCUCCAUUUUUACCAAGCUUCUCCCCUUCAUUUUUAUCAGUGUUUACAUAGACUGAGUAUGCAUGCACUUAUCCAUUUGGUGCUUAGGAACUCCAUUCCCAUGUUUCCGUUCCCUCUUGCCAGCCAGAUAUACAUUAAACAGAAAUCUUUCUUGUGCAUUUUGCAGUCCCACAGAGACACAUUUCCAACUUUGUUUUUAAAAGAUUUAUUUUUUAAAAAUAUUUAUAUUCUGCCCCACCCCCGUCCAUUACUGUUCAUGUGACUUAGAACAAUAAACACUAAACAGUAUAAAAUUAAUAGCAGAUCAACUAAAACAGACCCAAUUAAAACUGGAUCAAAGAAAAAAUAAAUAAAAACCCAUCAGAUACCGACUGCAGUAAAAUACAUUAAAAAGCCUCUUGAAGAUCUGAGUUUAAGGAUCUUUCUAAUCCUGAGGGAGGGAGCAAAGCGAAGCUUUCCUGAGAGAUCAUUCCAGAGCCAAGGGGCUACAACCAAGAAGGCCGUGUCUCUAGUCCCCACCAACUGAAUUUCUGUUGAUGGCAGGGCCAUAAGCAGGAUAGUCCACCAAAGCUAGUGGUGUGCACAUUGGUUCCACUUGUUUGUGUGUACCAGGGUACAGAUCUCCAUUAAGCAUUUGAGGAGGCCCCCCCCAUUUUUACUGAACUUCCCCGAAAUAUAUUUUAUCCCCCAACAAAACUGUACUACUCAGGAGUUGCUCAUUUCAGUGAGAUUUCCAUCAAGUAAUUUAGUGAGGAUGUCAGCCAGUGAUUCCAUAAAGCAAUGUACAGGUCAGAAAAAUGGAACAGGGUAGAAACAAUGAACAUGGACUACUGAGAUGAAGCUGAAAAAUGGUGAUGCAUUGCAGAUACUUCUGCACUAGCCUAUAAUAAGGUUCCAGAUUCAGUUUUUACAAACAUACACACUCAUGCCUGACAGGGUUGUAAAUAAUCCAUUUACAAUGCAUUCCUAGAAAAAAGAGCACAUUUCUUUGCUGUGGCGACCUGCUGGAGUACAGCAAAAGCUCUUUGGAGCAGGAGCCAUGUUAGAGCCCCUUCACACUUUUUUUUCAGUGUACACCUAAGAUAUUUUAAGUGUACUCCUAAAAAUACAAAGUGUAAAUGUGACAAGCAUCUGUUUGCAAGCUCAUUUAUUAUACAAAUGGCUACAGUAACAAAAUAGGUUUAUUAGGCCCAACUAAAAAGUCACAAAACAAAAACACGAUAGUCCAUAAGCCAGCAAAGUUGGAGAUUAAUUAUUGGAGGGCAUGCUAGUUCUUUAAGUUCACUGAAUCAAUCUCCAUUUCCUUCACUUUGCUCUCUGGCUUAUAAGGGACUCAUGUGCUCUGAUUAGUGCUAGAGACAAAUCUGAAUUACUGCUGGAUUUUAUAUUAUUUUUGAAUAGGGAUGUGCAGAACAUGGGCCUUUUCGAGUGUUUUGACUUCGAAACAGAACACCCUUCAAAUGAAGAGCCUGUUUUGAGUUCAGAAUAGAAUGACCCUUUCCCAAGUCGGAAUGUUUAGAGCAUUCUGGCCUAUGAAGGAGGCGCCAGGGUGGGCGGCAAGGGGUGGUGAGAGGUACCUUGAACAAUCAUUACCUGGUUAGUGCUCAUCUCCUGUGAGCAGGGGCACCCUUCCUGGCAUCUAACACUGAGGCUACCCCACCUACGCACAGCCAGAGGCUAGAAGGGCACUGUAGGCGGGGCAGCCUCAGUUGUUGUUGUUGUUAUUAUUUACAUUUAUUUCCCGCUGUUCCUCCAAGGAGCCCAAAGCGGUGUACUACAUACUUAGGUUUCUCCUCACAACAACCCUGUGAAGUAGGUUAGGCUGAGAGAGAAGUGACUGGCCCAGAGUCACCCAGCUAGUUUCAUGGCUGAAUGGGGAUUUGAACUCGGGUCUCCCCGGUCCUAGUCCAGCACUCUAACCACUACACCACGCUGGCUUAGUUGGUGAUGCUGGUAGGGCACCGCUGCUCCCAGGAGCUGAGUCAGUAACCAGAUAAUGAUUGUUAAAGGUACCUCCUGCUGCCCCUCGCUGCCCACCCUGGAACCGCCCUCAUGGGCCGGAACACUCAAAAUGUUCCAACUCAGAAUGGGGUUGUUCCUUUGGAACAACUGGCUCGAUCGGUUGUUCUGAUGGAAUGUUCAGAGGAUUUGUGUUCCAUUCCAGGCUUGGAAUGGAAUGCAAAUCCCAUUCCCUGCACAUUCCUAUUUUCGAAGGAAGAGUAAUCAUUGCUCUGUCACCUCAGCAUCCCUUGCUGCAACCUGAGAUCUUUUUGCACAAGGCACAGCCUAACCUAAUUAUGUCUACAUAACACCUCCUCCAUUUCAUUUAAAGAUUAUUACAAACUGCAGACUGGGGCUUUUCAUAAUGCGCAGCAACAUCUUAAUCUCUUCCCUUUUUAAUUUUUUUUGCUUAAUGUACAGCUUCAAGAAGAGUGAUCUGAAAAACCUGCUCAGUACUUUGUGCACAUAUAUAUCUAAUAAUAUAUAUACCUAAUAAAAGUAUUUUGCUGCUGUUCCUAUAUUAUGCUACUCGCACUAUUUCAAUAUUUUCUAAUGGAUCAACACAGAUGCCUACAUUAUUAUACACUCCUCAAGGAGUCAGGAUUGUCUAUGGCCCCUUGUCCAGUGUACAUUCAGUAGCUAGCCCAACUUUGCUGCCAUGUAAUGUGUGAAAUAGCUCUUAGUCCAUAGCCAAUAAUUUUUAAAAGGGUAGUAAUAUUUUAAGUAACACAUGGUGGAGUAACAGUUCACCUCAGCAAGCUAUAUAUCCAUCUAUAUUUCAGCCAUGUCCCCAAGCAUAUCUCUGUGUAAAAGUAGUGCAUUCCGCUGAUUUAAAUGGCAGGAUUGUUUAUGUAAAAUUUUGUAUCUGUGGAUAAUUGGGAAGUAUGAUAUUCAGAAUUUCUUCAAAAAAUCUACCAAGAAAAUUAUUUAAAUCUUCACCAAGCAUAUUCCAGUGUAAAAAGUUGUGCAUUCAUUUAAUUUCAGUGGAGGAUUGUAUAUGCAGAAUUUGCUAUCUGUAGAUCAGAAAGUAUGUCUUUAUUUUGCACAAACACAAAUUCUUCACAAUAUAUAUUAAAGUUAUAUCUGCAGUA